AUGGUUGUUACUGCUGUUCAAACUGCAUUAGAUGUUCUCGAAUCGUUAGACAAACAAUUUCCUAAGUGGAAAUCAGUUCGCAUUGGAAAAAUGAUUGUGAUUUUGAGAUUUCUAAGAACGUUUUAUUUAUAUGCUGGCAAGAGGUGUAGAAGUGUACACUGUGAAUCUACUUUGUGUAUUUUGAGUAACAUUGAUGAGACUGUUCGCGAUCACACUCAGGAAAUUCAGUCAGUUGGUUUGGUAUCGAUGGAUAGUGAUGAUCAAGUGAUAUCUGAUGCAAAGAAACAAUACCGCACGAAGGUUUCUAAUUUUUUUGUUUGCAUCAGGGACACAUUUCUUCAAGAAAUGCAGAAAUGGUACCUGAUUUUCUCUGAUGACUUGUUGCAAACUAGUGAUUCUUCGCGGGUUGUAGAACUCGAGGAUGCCAUGGACUCCCUUCUUGAGAAUUUGCAGGAUCUUGUGCAGUUCAUGAGCUCUCGCCGAACUUCCACAGUUCUAAUUGAGGAACUUGAAGGAAAUGUAAGAUUCUUAAGGAACUUUGUUAUGUUUGCCACAUUUCGAAUCCAAGAUCUUGAGCAUAGUCAGAUGAAAGCUCUAUUGACCUUUGUUGAACGCAUGGUUGUCAGUGUUGCCCGCCUCACUUUGAUGUUCCGGUAUGAUGAGAAUCCACAAACUGAACACAUUUAUGACCUUACAAAAAGAAUCAAGCCAGUUGAAUCUCAUGUUUUUGGGAUUUAUGUUGAGGUCCUGAAGGAAGCCUCAAAAUUGUCUUUGUCAUCGCACCAUUCUACUCUUCGAAGCCAAAGAAUUGUCUUUGGGAACUUCAUUGAUUCUCUCAUCUUUCUUCUGUGGGAGCUUUUCUCUAUUGAUAACAGAUGCGCAGACACCUUUAACUAUCAAAUGCAAAACCUAUAUGGGGACCUUACAUUCUUGAGGACCCUUUUGAUGUCUCACCAGCAUAAAUUGGACGACCUAGAUGAGGAAAUGCAUGACCUUAUUGCAGUUGUGAUAUGUGAUGCAGGAAUCUUAGUCUGUUGCCUUUUCCUAAAAGGGGAUGAAGGAGAAGUUGAAAAUUUGGACUUUCGGUUUUCAGCAUUGGUUGAAAAGUUUAAGCUCAUCAAGGGAGAAGAGAAGGCACAGAAAUUUCCAUUAUUGUGGGCAUCCAACUUGCCUCAGGCGCGCUUGUCAGAAUAUGAUAAGACUUACAGUAAGAUGCCACCCACAAGUGAGUACUUAGUACUCGACGAGUCUGUGGUGGGCUUGCGUGAUGAGGCAGAUAUGAUGAUUAAGCAACUCAUAAAACGCACAAAAAAAUUGGAUAUUUUCUCUGUCGUAGGUAUGCCUGGAUUAGGCAAAACGACUUUUGCCAAAAAAGUUUAUAAUGACCCCUCCAUCAUGUUUCAUUUUGAUGUUCGUUCAUGGUGUUGUGUUUCUCAAGUUUAUAGCAAGAGAAGUUUGUUACUUGAGAUUUUAGGUGAAGUUGUUGAUCAGAUUUUUAACAAGAGUGAAGAUAAUUUGGCUGUAGUGCUAUACCGGCAUUUAAAGGGGAAGAGAUACCUCAUUGUUUUGGAUGAUCUUUGGGAUAUCUCAGCAUGGAAUAGCUUGAAACUUUCAUUCCCAGAUGAUGCUAAUGGAAGUAGAAUCCUCUUGACAAGUCGGCAUCAUGAUGUGGCUUUGCAAAUCAAACCAGAUCGUCAACCUUACAGCCUUCGUUCGCUCACAAGAGAUGAGAGUUGGGAACUCUUGCAGAAGAAUAUUAGGUAUAUAAAAGGCUGUUCACCAACACUAACUUCACAUGGAAUGGAAGUUGUAGAACUUUGCAAGGGAUUGCCUCUGAUGAUUCUUAUUGUAGCUGGAAUUCUUGCAAGUAUGGAGGAAGAUAAUUGGGGAGAAGUUGCAGAUGGUUUAAGGAAAGGUUAUGAACUUGGUGCUUUCAUUGAUACAAACAAAUUACAUCGGUUGCAUGUGCAGUGUAGGAGAGAGGAUUUUGAGGAGUCAAGGUUGGGUUUUCCUCAUUUGCAUGGUCUGUUCCUCAAUGCGGAUUAUGAAGAAAGUAGGUUUGCACAGCAUUGGUACAGUAUCAUGUACAGUUUUUGCCAGUCCAGACUUCUAACAGUUUUGGACUUGCGAAAAAUCAACUUUGGGUCCUUCUUUCCAAAUGUAAUCGAAUUACUUGUUCACUUGAGGUACUUGGCCCUAAGCAUAGACGGUUCAGCCACUUCCCCGAGAAUUGAGGUUUCAACACUUACCAUCCCAUCAUGGAUUCAAAAUCUCUCAAAUUUGGAAACCUUUAUCCUUGAACGAUGCCAACUGGAUGUUUCGUUGCCAGAGAGCAUGUGGAAUAUGAAGCAAUUAAGACAUCUGUGCAAAACUGGCGCGCUUGGCUGCUGGAAGUUUUCAAAAGAGAACCAUGGCCCUGAUUUGGAGAAUGUAGACACUAUUUCCACUGUAUUUUUCUCUUGUGGCCACACAAUGAAGGAGGCAAUGUCGAAGUUUCCUAAUAUUCGCAGACUUAGCUGUAAUCUCAGUACUGCAGCAACACCCGCAGGGGACUGUAGAAAUCUGAAGCUAGAUUUUAUGACUCGACUUGAAUCAUUGACAAUGACUCAAAUUCAGCACAGAUUUCUUUACUUGCGCUUGGAGCUUCCUACUAACCUAAAGAAGCUAGUCAUCUCAAACUUUCAGCUACCUUGGAGUAAAAUGUCAGAAAUCGGGAAACUGCCAAAUCUCGAGAUACUGAAGUUGCAGAAGAGUGCAUUUGUUGGGAAGAUAUGGAACCUGGAAGAAGGCACAUUCACCAAACUCAGAUUUCUGAAGUUAGCAGGCUUGCAUUUAGCUAGGUGGAACUGGUCAGAGUCAGAUGGUACUUAUUUACCCUGCCUUGAGACAUUAGUAUUGGAAGGAUGCCGGCACUUGGAGGAAAUUCCUUCUGGUUUGGCCAAUCUUUCUACUCUUCAUGUGAUUGAGGUUUUCAACUGUAAAUCUGCGACUCAUUCAAUUGAGAGAAUUAAGGAAAAACUGGAGUAUUUUGGACAUGGGGAUGUGAAGAUCUUUUUCCACACUGCUCGAAGGAAGCGGUGA